AUGAAACACGAUGAAUUCACUUUUGGAAGAAUUAUGACGAAUAAGGAAAGAAUGUUGAUGGAGGAGAAGCAAAAACUUGUUGAGGUCGAGACCGUGAAGAAGUUCGCGUUCUUCGGAAUCGCCGUCUCCACUGUCGCCACAUUGACAGCAAUUGUGGCAGUUCCAAUGCUCUGUAUGUACAUGCAGAACGUUCAAUCUGGACUUCAAGAUGAGAUUAAUUUCUGCCGUACUCGUUCUGACUCACUCCGUGGAGAAUACACCAAACUCGAUCAAUUCCGUAAGGCCGAGAGCCGUGAAAAGCGUCAAACCUACCAAUGCUGCUCUUGCGGAAUCGGACCAGCUGGAUCCGUUGGAAACCCAGGACAAGAUGGAGCUCCAGGAAACGAUGGACGACCAGGAGCCCCAGGAGCCCCAGGACCAGAUGCUCCAAAUGAUCAUGUUCAACCAACUCCAGCUGAUUUCUGCUUCGAAUGCCCACCAGGACCAGCCGGAAACCCAGGAAACCCAGGACCAAAGGGACCACCAGGACAACCAGGAGCACCAGGAGAGCAAGGACCAAAUGGACGCCCAGGAACCCCAGGAGCCCCAGGACCACAAGGACCACCAGGAGCCGGAGGACAAGACGGAACCCCAGGACAACCAGGAGCCCCAGGACAAGUUCGCACUGUUCCAGCCCCACCAGGAAACCCAGGACAGCCAGGAGAGCCAGGAGCCCAAGGACCACCAGGACCAGAUGGACACCCAGGAAGCGCUGGACCACAAGGACCACCAGGACCACAAGGAGAGCCAGGACAAGACGGAGCCCCAGGAAACCCAGGAGCUCCAGGAGAGGCUGGAGAGCCAGGAAAGGACGGAGCCAAGGGAUCAUGCGAUCACUGCCCACCACCAAGAACUGCUCCAGGAUAUUAA